UUGAGAAAAGCUUUCUUGGUUUUACUUUAAGGUGGGCGAAAUCAAAACCCUCUCUCUCUCUCUCUCUUCCCUCCGCCUACCCCCCAACGCCACCGCCUCCCUCGACCGCACCUACGCCACGCGAGUCCCCGGCGGACCGGCGAUGUUCAAGCUGGGAAGGGGCGGCGGCGGGGGGCGGGGUUGCGGGAAGCGGUCGCUGCCGCCGCCCCCGCCGCCGCCGAACCUCCACCGGCCCGCCUCGACGGGGGGCGCGCGCCUCCCGAUCGGGGCCUCCUCUGCCUCCGCCCUCAAGCGCCCUGGCGGGCCGCCCACCGACGCGCCUGCCCGGGAGGAGACCUUCAGUCUCGAAUCCGGUGGGGCCCUCGACUUCGCCGCGAUCAUACGGCUUACCCCUCACCUCGUUGAGGAGAUCAGACGGGUCGAGGCCCAGGGCGGGACCGCGAGGAUUAAGUUUGAUUCCAACUUGAAUAACCCAUCGGAAAACGUUAUAGAUGUCGGUGGUAAGGAAUUCAAAUUUACAUGGUCACGGGAACUUGGUGACCUAUGUGAUAUUUACGAAGAACAUCGGAGUGGAGAGGAUGGACAUGGAUUGCUUGUUGAAAGUGGCUCUGCAUGGCGCAAGCUGAACGUACAACGAAUUCUAGACGAGUCUACCAAGAACCAUGUGAAAAUGCGUUCUGAAGAGGCUGAGCGGUUAUCUAAAUCUCGGAAGGCCAUUGUAUUAGACCCUGCAAAUCCUUCUGUGAAAAAUCAGGCUAAAUCAAUGGCUGCAGCUCAAGUUGAGGGUAAUAUGCGGAGGAUGUGGAAGAAGGAGCCCUUUUUUAAGAAGCGGAAAGUUGAACCAAACCAAGUUUCCAAUAUUGCUCCACCUAAAUCUGUCUUCAGAUCAGGAACAUCAUCAAAAAAUACUGCUAAAAGCAUGCUUUCUGAAUCACCUCUACCUUCCCCUCCAGAGCAGCCUGGUCCAGGCACUUCAGCAUCACCUUUUGGAACUGGCACUUCACUAAGAGGUGAUUCAAAUCAUGAAGAUACUACUGUCCCUUUGCACUUAAAGAAGGAGGGUGCUAGCAAUGAGAAAGAAAUGCCUAGCAGGAUGGCUCAUGGAUCCAAGCAAGGGUUGCGUGGACAUAUAGGGGGGAAUGGUGAUCAACCAACUGAUCUGCGAAGCAUGUUAAUUACUCUACUCUCAGAUAACCCAAAAGGGAUGAGCUUGAAGGCUCUGGAAAAAGCAGUUGGAGAGACAAUUCCAAACUCUGCAAAGAAGAUUGAGGGUGUCAUAAAAAAUAUAGCAACUUUCCAAGCACCAGGAAGGUAUUUUUUGAAACCUGGAGUGGAAGUGGAAAGCUUUAAAAGACGAACAUCUGAAAGUGGAAGCUCUCCUGAGAGUGCCCAUGAUCACCCUUCAGUAGCAGAAUCAAUCCAUGUAGAGAAGGCCAGUAACAAAAACUUUGGGCAGCAAACAGAGGCGAGCUUAAAAGUAGAAGCAGAACCGAAUCACUUUGAAAAGAUUGACCUUGUACAAAACUUCCCAGAUCCUUUGACCAGUGACAGGAAGGCCAAUAAUGAUAGUGAUGGACGAACAUGCAGCUCCAGCGAGAGUGGAAGUGACAGCGAGAGUGAAAGUGAUAGCAGUGACAGUGGAAGUGAGAGUGGAAGCCAAAGUAGAAGUAAAAGCAGAAGCCCUGGAGGCAGUGGCAGUGCAAGCAGCAGUGACAGUGAGAGUGAUGGUUCCUCCAGCAGCAAGGAGGGAUCUGAUGUGCAUGUGGAUAUCAUGAGUGAUGAUGAAAAGGAGGAAGCAGUGCAUGAAACGGUGGCAGCCGAGUCAAAGUUACCUUCCUUGCCUAGAUUGUGGAGAGCUUACGAUGGUGAGCAUGAACAAAGUGAUGUUGCUCAAAGAAAUCAGGAGGGCCAAAAUGCAUCAUCACCUCCAAAUGAUUUUGAAAGGGGUGAUGAGAUGGAUCAUGCAGUUGAAGCUACUAAAUAUUUUCCUGUUAAUAGAAGUAAUAAUGCUUUUGAAAUCUCAGAAACUGAAGCUGAAAAGGAUACUGAGUUGGACAUGUAUCAAAGAAACUCCAAGUUUUCAGAAGAGGGAUUGUCUUCUCCUCAUCAACAAAGACAAUUGGAGGGCAGGCAGAUUGUAUAUGGUAAAGUUUCAGUUAGUGAUGCAAAUGAGCAAGUUGCAAAGCAGGGUCUAAAGGAGAAACAAAAGAUACUGAAAGAUGGGUCCAGCCAUGAGCUAUCAGAUAUUACUGAAAGAAUUUCCAAACCCAAAUCUAAAAGGGUUCCUGGUACAGAUUUGUUUCAAGAGAAAACAAAAGGUGCUAAAAGGCCAAAGGCUGCAAUCCCAGCUCAAGUCAUGUCUUUGGGUAAAAAUGGAGAUGCUACUUUCUUGGAGAGCUCACACCAUUUAUCUCCUGAUAGAACUAAGCAGGAGAGACAUAAGGAGGUUAAUAAUAUUGAAUGGGACCGGAAUAUAGAUAAUGGUUCGCAAGAGUAUGGCUCGGUGAUGCGUGGAAGACCUGUUGCAUCUGGAAACUCACUCAGGAUGCAGCCAAGCCCUGAUUUUCGGAGUGCUUCAAGUAUAGAUGCAGAGCAGUCAGGGCAAAAAAUUGGAAAUCUUGAUGGAAGGAGGAAACCAUUAGACAGUAUGGAGAAAUCUAGCAGAUAUAUGGAGAACUUUGUAAGAGGUAAUAGACAUGCAGAAGGGGUAUCCAUUUGUCAUGAUGACUCUGAUACCUGUGCUACGAAAAACAUUCACAUGCAAGAUAAAACUUCUAUGUCAAAGGAUAUAUUGCAUAAGGAUAUGAGAGAUGAAAACAAUGAAGCGACGGAAAAAAUUUUGGCCAAGAAUGCCCGGGAGAUCACUGUUGGAGACAAACUUUCUACCCCUGACUCCUAUAACAGAAAAUUUGGUGAGAACUUUGGUAUCUUCAAGGAUAAUGAACAACAAUACCGGAGGCAAAAGUCAGACAUGGAUAAAUCCCCAGUUAGCAUGAGGGCAAAUCUGCCCAGAAGAGAACUUUCAGAUCUGGAGUUGGGUGAAUUUCGUGAGCCUCCUGCUGGAGAGGAGUCUGGGGGGGUUAAGAGACAGUUCGAGAGAAAAGGCUCCUUCAAAUCCUUAGACAACAAGGUUGCUGCUACUGAUAACUUGAAUUUAGACACAAGCAAUGGAAGAUCUGCUUCAAAUGCGCUUAAUGAAUCAAAGAGACAGUCAUCUCCCAUUUUGAGGGGUGUUAAUGGGAAUCAAGAUGGGUUUUACAAGGGAGUACCAUCAGACAGUUUUUUCGAUUCCACUCGGCCUCAGCAAAGAGCAAUGCUUUCUCAGAAUCAGCAAUUAUCAAGAGUGGAUCAUGCUGAUUCAGGGGCCAUGUCUCAUUUCGAUAGACCAGCUGAAAUUGCAAGUAGGAAUGAGGUGAGAACAAACCAGGGAGUGUGUCUGGAAAAUCAUGCAGGUGCUAACAAGAAAAUCCCUGCCAGCGUGCUACCCCAGCAUGAUAAUAAGCAUGGUGGUCAAAUGGGUUCUAGAAAUAUUAGAGACUCUAAACCCCAGAAGUCAAACGCACUGGGAGAUUCUACAAGUCAAAAUAAGAAUAAUUUUUUGAUGGAGAAUGAUAGUAAUGGCAGGAAAAGGAGAGAUUCUUCCUCCGAUGAGGAUAAUUCCAUAUAUUCAAAGUAUGACAAAGCUUACCCAGAGCUCAGGGGUCCUGUAAGGGACUUAUCACAGUAUGAGGAAUAUGUGCAGGAGUAUCGUGAGAAGUAUGAGAUAUAUUGUUCCUUGAACAAGAAUCUGGAAAAAAUUCGGGAUGACUUCCUUAAAGUUGGCCAUGACCUUGAGCUUGCCAAAAGGAGAGAUAUAGAGGAAUAUUAUAAUAUUGUGGAGCAGUUGAGAGAAAUGUAUCAUCAUUGUGGGCCGAGGCAAAAGCGGAUGAAGAAGGUUUUCACUUUGCUGCAUGAAGAAUUAAAGAACCUCAAGCAAAGAAUCAAGGACUUCGCAGAGGAUUAUACAAAAGAAUGAAGAUAGUUUGGUUGCGUGAAUCCAAUUAUCUUGACCCCUUGCUGCAGGACUGUUGCGGCUACUUCCUUGUAGCCAGUCUUGCUGCAGCAUCAUGGAAGUAAAAUUUGGAACCCCAGAGGCUGGUGUUAUCUCAAGGAAAGGAAGAUAUAUCUUAUGGUAACUGAUGGAGCGGCAUUGAUCAGGAGAGAGAAACAAAAGAAGCUAAUGCAAACCCUCCUGGGUUCAUGGUGUACCUUUACAGCAAUGAUGGACAUAUCUGGACCUGGGCUCUCAAAGGCUCAAAGAAUGCCAUGUCAGUUAGGAUUUGGUUCAUGACUUUUAACUAAUGACAUGCGGUCAAGCAGCUCUUUUGCAAGGUGGAAACAGGAGGGAACCAUGUACGCAUGACAUGAAAUGGAUGCCGUGAGUGACUAUUUGUUGCCAGUUUGCAGAUUGGUUCCCAUUAUCUUUCCUAGCCCUAUAACAUUUUUGUAAAUAGUAGAACCAGAGUCUGCUCUUUUGCCGUAUAGGCCGCUGAACUAGAGUUUCAGGCGAUUAAAGCUGUAUAUUAUGUUAUAGUUUUGACGAAAGUGAAAACGAUAGAAGAAACAGAUAAGGUUUCUGAAGGAUUUUAUACGGUUGUGACAGCAUAGAAAUUUUGGAUGUUCAUGAGGAAAGGUUCUUAGCAGUUUAUCCAGCAGAAUUGUUCGAGAUUUU